CAGAGAGAGAGAAGUGAAGUCUAGCAAUGUUUGUAAAUUAAAUGUUGAUUGUGGACCAAGGUCAAAGACAAAUUAAUAAAUAGCAAUGUUAUAGACUUGUGUACUGUCAAAAUCCCGCUCAUUGUUUAUAGCCCAUCAGCCGUCGGUUAUUUUGGUAUCUUCUCGUAUGUAUUUUCGUUAUCAGCCGCCAGCUGAGUGCUGAUAAGACGACCGUCUCUCGAAUGUAGGGCAUCUAGUAUAUAUAGUUAUAGUAUAGUCUGAAUACUCAACGAGUAAACUUCUGAUCGCAGACAGAGUCAGUACAGCACAGUUAACCGGUUUCAUCAGAAUACAAUUGUUUUCCCCACACAAUCGGCAUUGGCAACUGCGAGACAAGUGCACAAAUAUAACUUCACCUUCAAGAAAAUGGCGAAUUCCGAGACAAACAAACGGGUGUUGUCCAUCCAAAGUCACGUCGUGCACGGCUAUGUGGGCAACAAGAUGGCCACCUAUCCACUGCAGCUGCUGGGUUUCGAUGUGGAUCCGUUGAACUCGGUACAGUUUUCCAAUCACACGGGCUACAAAUGCUUCAAGGGUCCAAUAUCCACCGAAAAAGAAUUGGCCAACAUCUUCGAGGGCCUGGAAGAGAACGAGCUGUUGUCCCAAUACACUCAUCUGCUCACCGGCUACAUUGGCAAUCCGUUAUUCCUCCGCCAAGUGGGCGUCAUACUGAAGGCCAUACGUAAGGCGAAUCCCAAUUUGAUCUAUGUUUGCGAUCCCGUCAUGGGCGACAACGGCAGCAUGUAUGUGCCCAAGGAACUGCUGCCAGUUUAUCGUGAUGAGAUCAUUCCCCUGGCCGACAUCAUCACUCCCAAUCAGUAUGAAGUAGAGCUGCUCACAGGCAAAGAGGUGCGCAGUGAGGAAGCUGUGUGGCAGGCGAUGGAUUGGUUCCACGAACGCGGCAUCAAGACUGUCGUCAUCUCCAGCAGCGAUCUGGGUGAGCCGGGCGUGCUUCGCGCCUUCCUUAGUCAGCAGAAUGGCGCACGACUCUCCAUGGAUAUACCCAAGCAGGGUGGCAAAGAUCUCUUCUUCACGGGCACCGGAGAUCUGUUCGCCGCUCUCUAUCUGGCUCACAGCCAUGCCAGCAAAGGAGAUGUGACUGUGGCAUUCGAGAAGACCAUUGCCACGCUGCAGGCUGUGAUUAAACGCACGGUGUCAUCGCUGCCUGCAACUGCGCAACCUAUUCAGGCUUGGCAGCGAGAGCUGAAGCUAGUGCAGAGCAAGCAAGAGAUCGAGCAGCCACAAGUGCUGCUCAAAGCGAAGCGUGUCAACUAGACACUUGACAAUGUUAACAAAUCCAAACAAACAAC